ACAUCGAACCGGAAGUUCAAAUUAAUCCAGUUGCCUUGACGGUGCUCGAGGGAAAAUCAGCCGGGGGGGACUACGAAGAUUAUAUCAAGUGGAUUUGACAAGUAACUGAGUCAAUGAUAAUGGAGCAGUGAGGCCGCUUUGACUAAAGUGAUAGUGUAAUGGAUAACAACCGAGUUUAAGAGCAACAGCGGAUUUUGGGAGCCCAGCUCGAGCGCCGCUAUCAUCAUCUGAAGUUGGGUAUCGGAAUCACUGCGAUGACUGAGUCCUCAAAGCCGCCUUCAGGGAGGAGAAUGAAGGCACGUGCGCCACCUCCGCCACAGGCUCCUCUACCCGCCCCACGCCACAUCUUCAGAAACACUGUACCUGAUGGGGGAGGGACAUCAGGGAUCGAUGCCAAGGAGAACAUGCUGCGGCCCACUGUGGAUUUACAGCUAACCCUACCACAGGGAUACCAGACUUGUGUAACUGAGGAUGGCAGCAAGGCGCUGAUGGACCUGCUGGUCGAGCUUUGUAGCCGCUACCACCUGAAUCCAGCACUGCACACCCUGGAGCUGCAGUCGCCCGACGGCCACACUUUGGGGUUCAAGCCCAACGCUCUGUUGGGCUCCCUCAACGUGGCCUGUGUCCUCAUCAAAGAGAAAGUCUGGGAGGAGAAAGCGGUGCGCAGACCGGCGCCCAAAGUGCCAGAGAAAACAGUGCGUUUGAUGGUGAACUACCACAGCAGCCAGAAGGCAGUGGUGCGGGUCAACCCGUUGGUACCACUCCAGGCUCUGAUACCGGUCAUCUGUGACAAGUGUGAGUUUGACCCAGCACAUGUCCUGCUCCUAAAGGACAGCAUCAGUCGCCACGAGUUGCCGCUGAACAAAUCUCUGACAGAUCUGGGGAUCAAAGAGCUCUACGUACACGAUCAGAGUCUAGUUCUCCAGCCUAAAAUGGCUUCUGCCCCUGCUCUUAACUACUCAGACUCCAUCCGCUCCAGUACUAAUAGUUUGGGCAGACCGGAGAAGAAAGGCCUCCUUGGUAUCUUCCAGUUCAGCAGGAGGAAAACCAAAACAGAAACAUCAUCUAUGGACAUGGAUGACUGUGAUGAUAAAGUAAUCCAAAAUACAGACACACAAUCCAAUGGUCUGUCCGCUGCGUCAGGAGUCCCCAGGGUAGAGGAUCGGCCCAGCACCUUGGGCCAGUCUCAGUCGGCCAUGAACAUAACCAGGAUGUCACCCAAGGCUGAACACAAGAAGAGAAGGGCCCCAGCACUACCCGGGGCCCCAACACCCACCACUGGACACACUAGCUUUGAGGGCUAUCAGAUGGGCCUUGGCUCAGAAAGCCAGCAGAGGAAAAGGAAGGCUCCAGCCCCUCCACCUACUCCAGAUUCCAUCACUGCAGGCUCUGACCACACGUCAGUCUCUGCCGCUCCCACCCCUGACAUCCACGCUACUGAAAUACCUACCCCAGCCUCCCGCUGCAAGGUGGCACCAUCAAAUACCGUCCCUGCUACGAUUGUGGUAAUGGAAACAGUAAAACCAGUCCCGUUAAAAACAGCAGUACAACCUGCACCUGUGAGCACUGCCACCCCAAUCCCCAGCUCCCCAACCCCAAGCAGCAGCACCACCGACAGCAUGGCUGUCCAGGAUUCCAGCUCUGAUCUCAGCCAUGGCCUCGACGACUCAGACGCUGAUCAAGACCAGGCCGUGUCCUACUGCAGCACCCUCACCAGCAGCACAGCUAGUGGGUCUGUGCAGGUUCAGGCUGCUACGAAAAGCAGCAGGGUGGAGGAAUCGGAAAAGGCUUGCAGCACGGCUGCCACAUCAAAUCAAGAGGUGACCUCGGCCGGCAGCUCCAGGUCGGAGACUGAGUCGGCCCUAAAUUUGAAACUGGAUGAAGUUGAGAACAACAGACACAGCGCAAUGGGAACCGCUGAUCGACCAGUGCCACCCAAACCUCGUCGCUCCCCUGCCCAGGAGCCUCCGCAGCAUGUCUCACCCCCUACCUUGUCCUCCCCUCCCAUUGAGCCCACAGAAAGCAUCUCCCUGCAGAGUCCUACAGAGGUGGAGGAAGCAGCUCCCCAGUCUUGGCUCCAUUCUAUGCAAAGCUCCACAGCUAGUUGCCAGAAACCAGAAACUGCAACACCCGAGGAGGAGACUGUGUCCUUGGGCAGCAGCAGUGGUAGCAGCAGCCUGCCUGACCAGGGUUACGCUGCCUCUGAAGGCAUGGCAGAGGGCGAGGACUCAGGAAUGGUCAGCUCUCCAUCUGACACCCAACCCACAUCCCCAGAUGGGAGUUUGUCCCUGGAUGGAAGUAAUGGAGGCGGAGCAGAGAGAACGCUGGGACCAGUGCGGGACAAUUCCAGUGACAGCGAUGAGGGAUGUGCCACCUGGGGAUCAAGACACAGGCAUGAUGACAUUAGCCUACAGGCAAAGUCAGGCAGGUUAAAAGACAGCUAUGAAGAUGACCCAGAGCUCACAGCCCAGCUCCAUCAGACUUUGGCAGACUUUGAAGCUGACCUUGCAGAUCACAUAGAUAUAGUCUCAGUGAAGGAGACAACCUAUACCAUGUCCACAGACAGUAAUGAUGUGCCGGUGUCUGUAGUGGACAUGGAUGUGCCAGUCACAGCCAUAGAUGAAGUACUGGAGGAAUAUGAGCGACACACUGUAGAACAUGAGACAAAGUCAGUGACCAGGACUGAGUCAGCUGGCAGCAAAGGUCCAGGCUUUUGUGGCCAGUCCAGUUUGGAGCCACAGAACAAAAACAACAAUGCUUGUACAGCUGCUGACAGUAAUAAAAGCAGCAGUACAAAGACUAAGUCUCAGCCUGAGCAGCAUAGGAUGUCGCAGGAAAACAAGUCUAUAAGUGAUAAAAAGGAUAACAAGAUGCUAGAGACAAAAAUCAAAGGAAAGAGUGUCACUGAUACCGACAGUGUGAAAGAGGAUAAACAAAAAACAACAUCAGCAGUGAAAUCUAAUGUUGACAUGCAGAAACGCAGCAAGAGCACUGAGAUCAAACCUGAUCCUGUAAAAAGUAACACUCAGUCUUUUCAAGAGAAGAAGUCUGUUCUUCCACCAACCAGUCAAAGAUCUGUGUCUUCGGAAAGAGAUGAAGAGUUGCACAGAGUUUACCAGAAUAACUCCAGCCAGAAUGCUUCACAUGGUAAAAUCACUUGUAACGUCACAUCACGCUUCGGUAUGAAAACUUUCACUGUGGUCCCUCCCAAACCUUCUGUCGCUCAUGCUGCUACGGAAGAACCAGCUGUCAAAUUAACUAUCGGUGCCAUUAAGAUUGAUGAUCAAGGAAACAUGGUGAAAGGGGGUAUCUCCCAGAACAAAAUUGGUGGUUCAUCAGAGCCUGGAGUUAAAUCCAGUGAGGGGUCUCCUCUUCUUGGAAAGGCCAAAGCUUUUUGGAGCUCAAAUGAGAGACAAGAAAGUUCUGUGCCCCAAAGCAAAGAUCUCAUUGAUAAGGCUAAAGAGAGCGCAGAUGGCCUGAAAAGUACUCACACUGCAAUCUCAAUAACUGCUUUGAAGAUCAGUGACACUGAGGACCUGAGAACGACACAACCUUCCUUUUAUAAACAUGCAGAGAGAGCCCAGCCUAAAGAGAUGGUCAAAGAAGAAGUUAAAGAACCAGCGAAAGUCAUCAACGUUGCAAAAGAAGAGCGGGUGGAGGUAGAGAGCAAAAUUUCCGUGUCCAAAAACAUUCAACAGCCAAGUAAUAAACCUGCCCUUCCUCCUCCUAUUCUUCCAGACCUGAAAAGAGACCUGUCCUUCCUCAAACCAUCCAGGCGAACCUCAAGCCAAUACGUGGCGUCUGCCAUCAAUAAAUAUGCCCCAAAGACCUCAGCUAAACCCAGCUCCAUCCCUAAUGUGCAUGACUCCCCUGCUUCGUUCGGUUUCCAGAGAUCAGGUCGGUCCAUAAAAGUGAAUCCACACCAAUCUUCCCUGUCAUCUUUGUCAGAUAAUAAGGAGAAUGACUCUGCUUCUAAAUCCAACCCGCCUGGUCCUAAGAGGUCUAUGAGCUUCCCAGAGUAUGUCUCGGAUAUCCAGAGAAAUUUUGGAGAAGCGAGACCGGACAGGGGAGGAUUUGGAAGUUGUGCUGGAUCCACCAAAGGAAGCUCUAAUACACUGGAAACAGAGACAGCCAAGAUUAAGCACAUUCACUCAAAUGGUCCCACCCAAAAAAAUGCAAUCGCCAAUAAUGACAGCGAUCAUAUUCAACAUAUUCGGCUCAGAAGCCCCAGCCCUGUACAAAGCAAUCCUCUACAGUCAUCUGCCAAACCACCCACAGCCCCCAAGACUGUAUCCCAAGGGCUGACAAGUAACCCGAAGGAGGUGACCAAGGCAGCCACCCAUGUAACACCUGAUAUAAAACCACAACCUUCUGUCACAGUGUCAGACAGUGGUGUCACCCCUGAGCCUCCGCCGGUGACACUGUUUGGGCCAGUUAAAAAGUUCAGACCAGUGAUCUGCAGAUCUGUUGAGAAAGACACAUCUCUGCACAGCAACCUGAUGGAGGCAAUCCAGACAGGUGGAGGCAGGGACAGGCUCAAGAAGAUAACCACUCCUGGUCCCAGCACCAUGAAGAAAGCAUCUUAUGUUGAGGAAGAGAAUGAGAGAUCUGCUCUUCUGGCUGCCAUUAGAGCCCAGAGCAGCUGCGGAAGGCUGAGGAAGACCAAAUCUGAGGCUGCUGAUGAGCUUGAGAAGUUCAGGAAGGUGUCUUUGGGGGAGGAGAAAGGUGCAGGCCCUCCCUCCUCUCCCUCUCCCUCUUUGACUUGCACUUCACCUCCUGUCUUUACUCAACAACCACCACCACCACCACCACAGCCACCAGCACCCACGAUUGCACCUCCACCUCCUCCCCCUGCCUUGCCCCAGGGAAAGCCUAGCGCUGUGGCAUAUCCAAGUGCUAACACCCCCGUGAACCCUGCCUUGGCCAGGGAGGCUAUGCUGGAGGCCAUUCGCUCUGGAUCUGCUGCUGAGAGGCUAAAAAAGGUCGCUGUGCCCACAAAGACAGUCCAAGUGAAUGGCAGACUGGGAACAAUCCAAGCAACCUCCUCAACACUCCCUCAGCAGUAGGAGGGGAAGCCUACAUGACAGCACCGAGGAAUACAUUUAUUAUCUUUAUCAUUAAUUAAUUUCUUUUUUUUUGCCAUUGUGCUUUUGCAGCAGACAUUUGGAGAACUGGAUUGAGUCACAUUUUGAGUGAAUGCUAUCUGAAAGUUUUGGGGAACUUAAUCUGAUGUGUGACACAAAUUCGGAAGAAGAAAAUGCGUAUAAAGAAUGAUUUCUACAUGCCAUUUAGAUAAACAAUAAGGGGAAUGUGGCUCUCUUAGUAGCCAAAAACCCUUCUUAUAAAGGUGUGACAGGUGAAAGGUUUGCAGUUAACUCCACUCAUAAUAUCAGAUCUAGCUCCUAACAACAACUUGCUGGAAAAGGUUUAUGUGCAUCUAUAUAACAUAUUCCAUUCCUAAACAUAUCUUGCCAUCUGUACUUGAAUUCAGUAGUUUUAACUGGAAUGUUGUACAAAAAGUGUGCCAAUGAAAGCAAGUUUAAAUGGUUUAUGCUUUUCUGAUCAGAUUUUUUUUUUUUUUUUACCACAGGUAAGUUAUGGAUGCCUUAUACUGUUGCUCGGUCAGUGUUAUGUAUAUGAUGUAUAAAUUCUAUACGGGGUGCAAUAAGUUGGAUCUGAUAAUGUUUCCAGAUUUACUACUACUUAAUAUUUGCUUAACAAAUUAAGAUAACUAAAAACAUAAGAAAAUAAUAGAUAGAUUGUUUGAUUUUGUGUGUGUGUGUGUAAAAGUGUAUUUUAAUCCAGAGCUGGUCCAUAAUGCCAACUUCCACAGUUCUUGGGUCUGAGGAGAAGUAAGAUGUCAGUGACUGACUCGUGCCUUUCAGCUCAGUAUACUCCUGUUUUAGCUUCUAACCUUUAUUUGUGCUGCUAAAAUCUAAAGACAUUGUCGCACAUGGUCGGUGCCCUGCAGAAACUUGUACAGUAGCAAUAUGACGGACUGUGCCUUUGAUGUUCGAUAGAGAAAUUAAGUUGAACCUUACCUUUCCUUGACAUUUCAACAUUUUUGAAGCACUGUUAUUGAAGUAUAUCAAUAGUGGAUGUUGUGAGCAAAGAGAUUAGUUAACUAAUCAGCAAGUCACUACCAGUAUGUAAUGGCAGUCAUAAGAAAGCAGUGGGAAAGCAGCAAUUAAGGUUAUCAAUGGUCUUGGUUUAGGCAAGUGUCAUUGCAUUCCAUUGUGCUCCACUGUAGGUGAAGUUUACAGUGUGGUUUAAAAGGGAGAAUGGACCAUUAAAUGGUGUCAUCAUGGAUAAAGGAGGGUGUCCAUGCUGAAUAAUCUGUAGAAUGAAGAAAAACCUAGAGCAUACUAUCAGGUGUAAAUGAUAAAUCUGAGUAAAGGGAGUUCUAGUUUUAUAUAGAUUUAUUUUAAUUCAUGCUCAGUUAAAACUGUUUUUACUGUUGUAUGUUUUACCUUAAGAGCGUUUGUUUUUUUCUCUCUGAAUAGAAGAGAUUAUUUCAUUUCUGCUAGAUGGCUUCAUCUACACGCAGUAGCCUAAAGCACAUUGUAGAGUUGUAUAUUUUGUAAAGUACAGAGAGAUCAUUGCCGUGAAAGAUUUGAUUUAAGAGAGCUAUUUCACUGAUAGUGUGAACAUUUUAUAAGCUAUUGCUUUUUAAGGUUUAAGUGCACAUUGGGUUUUUUUUUGUUUUUUUGGGGGGAAAGGUUGCACAGUUAUUUUUGUCUACCCUAAUUUUUGAUUCAAU